AUGGACAUCACAGCAAAGAUGGAAAUAAAUGUGAGCCAGCAGCACUUCAUGCCCCCCUCCUGCUUCUUUGCUGCCGCAGCGCAGAGUAUCCAGCUCAGCCCUACCAGCAGCCAAGGGAGCGGCAAGUCAGCAUCCAAGGUGAAGAGACAGCGCUCAUCCUCGCCUGAGCUGCUAAGAUGCAAGAGGAGGCUGAACUUUGCCGGCUUUGGGUACAGCCUGCCGCAGCAGCAGCCGCACACUGUGGCGCGGCGGAACGAGAGGGAGCGCAACAGAGUGAAACUUGUCAACAACGGCUUCGCCACUCUCCGGGAACACGUCCCCAAUGGCGCGGCCAACAAGAAGAUGAGCAAAGUGGAAACGUUACGGUCGGCGGUGGAGUACAUUCGCGCACUGCAGCAACUUUUGGAUGAGCACGACGCGGUGAGCGCAGCGUUUCAGUCCGGGGUCCUGUCGCCCAACAACUACCCCAACGAGAUGAACUCCAUGGCAGGGUCUCCAGUGUCCUCCUACUCGUCCGAUGAGGGGUCCUACGACCCUCUCAGUCCCGAGGAGCAGGAACUCCUGGACUUCACUAACUGGUUCUGA